AUAAAAGGCAAGUUGCAAGAGAUGGUGUGUGUUUGCCCCACUCCAUAAUAAUACAGUCUUCUAAAGUAUUCACAACUCACAUUCCUCUUUCCGAAUUCCCCAAAUACUUACACAAUAGAUAUACACACACAUACGUUAUGUAACCGCAAAAAUAUAUCAAAACGAGAUUCCACAAUUAGUUACUAGUCAAAGAGCUUCAUGGUGAUGGUGUGACCCCAAAAUGAUGAAAUUGAGGAAAUGGGAGAAGAAGAAGUGAAGAACACGAUGUGUCUUCUUCUUCUGAGGCAUUAAAAACAUCAACAAGGAGUAACCAUUAUAUGCAUAUAUAUAGAGAGAUAGCGAGAGAGAGAGAGAGACAUCAGAGAUUUAUCUUUUUUUUUGCAAUUAUUUUUUGAGUGAAUAAUGCCAGUCCCUCUUGCACCAUAUCCAACACCUACGGCGCCGGCGCUGACGCCGUCGUACACUCCUCCGCCGUCAAAUGGUAGUACAAGUGGACAGAGCCAGUUAGUGUGUUCAGGUUGCAGAAACCUUCUGAUGUAUCCAGUUGGAGCAACCUCUGUCUGUUGCGCCGUCUGUAACGCCGUCACGGCCGUCCCUCCCCCGGGGACAGAGAUGGCUCAGUUGGUGUGUGGAGGAUGCCAUACACUUCUAAUGUACAUUCGUGGAGCUACAAGUGUUCAAUGUUCUUGUUGUCACACCGUUAAUCUCGCCCUCGAAGCGAAUCAGGUAGCGCAUGUGAAUUGUGGAAGCUGCAGGAUGCUACUAAUGUAUCAAUAUGGAGCAAGAUCAGUCAAGUGUGCCGUUUGUAGCUUUAUCACAUCUGUUGGGGGUUCGACGAGCACGACUGAUCUGAAGUUUAACAACUAAAAAAAGUUGACCUAUCUAUCAAUUCAUCGUCUAUGUAUUAAGUUAUCAGCAAUAUAGAGGAAGAAUCACAUAUUUUCUCUCUCUCUCUCUCUCUCUCUCUCUCUCUCUCUCUCUCUCUCUCUCUCUCUUCAAUCAUCCUCUCGAUCAAGAAUCCGGCGGCGAGACGUUAUAAGUUUCAAUAUUUAAAUGUGAAAUUUGUCGAAAUUGCUGACUUUGGUUCUCAUUGUCUGUUUUUAUAGAGUCGCCUCUCUUCAAUGUUUCUGUUUGGAUGUUUUUUUUCUUUCUGAGAAAAAUUCAAUCUACCAGUUUGUAAGAGUGAUUUAUAAAUAAAAACUAGACUCUUUGUUUA